AUGAGCCCGAUCCCGAACAAUACCUUGUACUCUGAGGAUGAUAUACCCGUGACAAGCUUAUCUCUAGAGCUCGCCAAAAAUGCUCCAGGGAAGCCAGACUUUCGAUUUGAUGAGAUAUUUGCGCCGGAUUGUUCGACCCCGCUCUCGUCGGCAGAUGUCCUGGAAGACUUUGGCAGAAUUAGACGUAACAGAGGGAGAGAUGAUGGUGAAUCCAAAUCAGUGGAAGGCGGCGGCUUCGGGGAUUUUGAGAUCACUGCCCUUGCCGGAGCCAUGGCGGGAUUUCUGGCCGGCGUUACGGUUUGCCCUUUGGACGUGGCUAAGACUAGAUUACAGGCACAGGGCUUACGUUCCGGGUCCGUCAAAUACUAUAAUGGUAUAGUUGGAACGCUCACUACCAUUGUUCGCGACGAAGGUGUACGAGGUUUAUACAAAGGUCUCGUGCCCAUCAUCAUGGGAUACUUUCCUACAUGGAUGAUCUACUUCACGGUUUAUGAGAAGAGCAAAAAGCGUUAUCCACAGCUCUUUCCGUCUUCUGACUUUCUAUCGCACUCUUUAUCGGCUUUGACCGCUGGCUCCGUUUCAACCAUUUUGACGAACCCUGUCUGGGUGGUCAAAACCAGACUGAUGUUACAAACGCAUGUGGACAAAAAUACUACUCACUACAAGGGAACUUUCGACGCAUUCUAUAAAAUAUACACUACCGAAGGUUUCAAGACGUUUUAUGCGGGAUUACUUCCGUCGCUAUUUGGGCUGUUCCAUGUUGCCAUCCAUUUCCCCAUCUACGAGAAACUCAAAGUGUGGCUGCAUUGCUCACGUUCUUUUGCUGACUUUGAAGACCAUAAGCUAGAUAUAGCGCGCUUAAUAACUGCAUCCAGCGUGUCAAAAAUGGUGGCCAGCACGCUUACAUAUCCGCAUGAGAUUCUUCGCACACGGAUGCAACUGAAAGCACCACCAGCGGAGAAUAAGAAUGCUUUAAGACCCACCACCAAUCACGGUCUGAUACGACUGGUUUCGUGCACUUACAAGGCCGAAGGGUUAAAAGGAUUCUACUCGGGCUUCACAACUAACCUUGUCAGAACUGUUCCGGCGUCUGCAAUAACAUUGGUGUCCUUUGAAUAUUUCAGAAAAUACUUGACUAACCUCAGCGAUAGUCUAACGAUAUAG